UGGAACGCCUCUAUAGAAACAAGAAGCAACGGGCCGAAGUACCACCUAAAGAUAUUCAGAUCAACAGGGGCAGUUGUUUCAAUUUCUGUCGUGUGUUGGUUCACCGGUGCUGGGAUUUCUCGCAUUCCUUUUACCGUGGAUCCCGAAGUCCAAGAUCUCAUUCACACUUACGCUGUUAUACCUCCACUUAUCAUCAUGUGCCAAAAUUAUUAUGUUUACUUCGUUAUGAGUUCCGAAUACCGGCGUGUUUUUAUGAACAUGCUAAAAAUUGGAAAAAGUAAAAAUCUGCGUCUAUCAACUUCCCACAGGAACUCGAAUAUUUUAUCCGCCGUACCAUGA